ACCGCAAUUGAGGAAAGAAGGAAAGAGAGAAGAGGAAAAUGGCGGCAACCACAGACGAAGAAAUGAACUUUCUCCUCUCCACCGCCGAUCAAAUCUACCAGGAUUUCAAGAACGGCGUAGCGGAGAUCCAAUCGGUGAAGUCGGCGUGCAAUGCCGAGGCGAAGAAGCGAGAGGCUCUUGAAUUCACCUGCAACAAUCUCAAACAAGAGAAUGAGAGAUUGAUGAGAAUGUACACCGAGUCGCUGAACGACCUUGCCGAUCAGCUCGAACGGCGUAGCACGUGGCAGGGCUUGAAAGACGAGCUCCAGAGAAUUAGGGAUGAGGGUUUUGGUAAAGAAGAAGAGCAUAGGAAGGCUAUGGAGUUGGUCAAGCAAGAAUGUGCGGCCAGGGUUGAUGAAUUGGAGGCUCAGAUUAGAGGGUUUCUUGUUGAAAAGGUGAAAAAUGAAGCAACCAUUGAUCACCUUCGACAGGAUUUAGCUGCACAUAAGUCCCAUAUGCAUGCUAUGGCAAGCAGGUUGGACCAAGUCCAGUUGGAUGUGGAAACAAAAUAUGUUUUUGAGAUUCAGGAUUUGAGGGACUGUCUGGCAAUCGAACAGGAGGAGAAACUGGAGUUGAACAGGAAGCUCCAGGAUUUAGAGAAAGAAAGUGGGUGUGAGAUUACUUUCAGGUUUCAAUUGUGUUCAAUUUCAUGUGCUUGUUUUUGCCCUGCCAAAACUUAUAUGCUAAUUAUUUCUUUGUGUAACCAGUGUUGGUUAGUAGAUCAAAGCUUGUUCAACAGCAAGGAGAUUCGAAUUCAAAUUGGCAGGUUGAAACACUAAAGGGCAAGCUUAUGAAGCUGAGGAAGGAGAAUGAGAUCUUAAAGCGCAAACUACAUUCAGUUGAGGGCUAGACAGCGCCAACACAAAGCAGUUGGUUUAUGUACUCGACUACUCUUGUCUGCCUUGAGACUUGUCUACACUAAGUGAUCAACAGCACUAAUGCAAAAGGGUUGUACUGUAUGAAAUUUUGGUGAUCUGUGGAGGUGAUUGACUGGCUGUUUUCUGAGCUUGGACAAAGAGGUUAUUGAAAUUUGAAGUUCAGGACUGUUAUAUCAACGUAGCACAAAGGUUUCAUUUCAGAUUCAGAGAGCAUUGUGAAGCUCAUUCCUUUAUUUAUUUAUUUAUUUUUAAUAUGGUCAAGGCCGUCAAGCUCAUUCCUUUUCUUCAGUCUUUAUGAAAAUACAUUUUCCUUCUAAAAAGUUUAUAGAGGAUACAUAAUGUUAAC